GGUGCGGGGCUGGCGGCGGCGGCGGCGGCGAUGGCUUUCGAGGCGCUGGCGGAGGCGGCGGAGCGGUGGUGCGCCCGCACGCCCUUCCAGCUCAUCGCCGCCGAAGAGACGGAGCGGCGAAUGGACUUUUACGCCGAGCCCGGCGUUUCUUUCUACGUGCUGUGCCCGGAGGCCGCCUGCGGAGACAAUUUCCACGUGUGGAGUGAAAGUGAAGACUGCUUACCUUUUCUGCAGCUCGCACAGGAUUACAUCUCAUCCUGUGGGAAAAAAACACUCCAUGAAAUACUGGAAAAAGUCUUCAAAUCCUUCAGACCCUUACUUGGACUUCCAGAUGUUGAUGAUGAUGCAUUUGAAGAGUAUAACGCAGAUGUGGAAGAGGAGGAACCAGAAGCCGAUCACCAACAGAUGGGUGUUAGUCAGCAGUGAUUUUCUGAGAAGCUAAAAAAAUUCGGAAGCCUUUGGUACCAGGUGGGGUCAGGUGGUCCCACAUUAGCCUGUUUGAAUUAGCACAUCACAUGGGGAUAUCUGGCUCCCAGGAUAAAAGUUUUAUGAAAUGGUUUUAAAAAAAUCAUAGUAAUAAUAAUAAUAAUAAUAAUCUGUGAUGAGCUUUGCUAAGAAGCGACCUGAAUUUUGCUCCUGCUUCAGUGGGUUUUCUAUGGAGUUGUCCUGGUAGCAUUCUGCCGUUAUCAGUCUAGAAGUAGUUCUGUCGCUGACUUGUCUCUUUGAUUUGUGUUCAAGGGUAGCAUUCACUGCCAUGAAUGUAGAGUACCAAGAAUGUAGGAAGCACGUGGUGAGAGUGCCAAGUCCUCACCGGUGACCUUUCCGAGGAAGCCAGCGCAGAGGGCACACAAAACCUGCACUUUUCUUUUUAGUUCAAAAGCUAUGUUUUUUGACAAAGUACCAAACUUGGAGGGAUUUCUUCUGAAAAACUACUUUAGUAGUGGUUGGUACUGCAGAAGUGCACAUGAAGGCUUAACAAAAAUAAUGGGAAGCAGGAAAUCCAGGGGAAUAUUGGUGUCAAUAUUAAUGUAUUAAUGUUGUUUUACUGACACCUGAGUUUAAGAAUGCUGGAUUAAUAACUAGGGGUAAUUAAGUAAUUAAUACCAACAGUUCAUGUUACAAUGCAUAACCAACCCUGGUACUCUGACACUAUUUGAUCCAAACCCAAAUGCUAGUGUAUAAAUGAAAUCAAUUAAAAAAUAGCCAUUGCUUAUCCACCUCUGCAUGACUACCAACUUUAAGCUUUACUGAUUUUAAUACACUGCUAAAUUAUUAUUCAAACCUCGCGGCAUUAUGAAUUGAAGUGCAACUUAACUUUAAAGCCAUAAGGGUAUAAACCAGCACCUGGCUCUUAUAAUUAUGCUGGACCUGUUCCUCUCCCUGGGCCUUUGAGCUGGUCCAAGCAUUUACACCUUGUUGGAGAGGAGCUAAAAUACUGCUACUUUGGCUGAUAUAAAAACUAGUGAGGUUUACUUAGCUGGGGACUUGCUCCCCAGAGGGGUUUGGUGGGGUCUUGGUAUAAAGAAGAAGAAGACUCCUCAUAUUUUAUACCUAUUUUGCUUAGAUUUAAGUGACCUGGAUGAGUGCCAGACUGUGAAGAUGUAAGACUUCUUUAUUUACUUGCCUUUUGUACUGAAAAUAGAAGAAGCAAAGGGGGUUCUGUUGUGAUACAGCUGUUUUCCACAAUCAAGCAAAAUGUUUCUAAAUUUACUCCUUUUUUCCAAUUUUUUAAGAAUCAUGAAACGAAAGUCAUAUACUUCAAAAGCCCUUUUAUACAGAAUUAGCUUUAUAAAACCAAAAACUGAGAGAAGAGAAAAUGCUUGGACAACUCCUAGAAACAACUUGCACCGUUUUGGAAACCCUGUUGUUAGCGAUGUCUCCUCUUCAAUAGAUUUUUUUAAGACUUUUUUUUCAAGGUUACUUAGCCACCAAGAAAACUUGCUCUCUUUACGUUUCUGAUGAUGGCUUGCUUAAGAGGUGAAUAGCACUUGAUUUUUUCCAAUCUGGGGCAAAGACCUUCCGUAACUGGGACAGUGUGUAGUACCUGAGUAUGCACAGAAGUGUCUGCAACACUGUAAAAUUUGGAAUUUAAGAAUAUCAAAAAAAAGUGGAGGAGAAACAGAGCUUAAUGUAACUUUGUACAUUCUUUCGGCAUGCAGGCAUAAACAUGGUAGUCGCAGCACAUUUUCUAUGGACUAGUGACGUGAGAACUGUGGCACUUCAUUGUAUAACACUGUACAUCAGCAAUAGGCUUUUUGCUUACUAAAAUAAAGUGUAAGACCAGUGUUUUCCAUCCCUGCUUUAAGUCCCUAAGUUUUUUUUUUUUUCCUUCUCCAGCUAAAACAGAUGCCAUAAAUUAAAUAGAGCCUUGCUUUGGGACAGCCUUUCUCCUUGUAGCAUACAGUUCUUUGGUGGUGGCUCAUACAAGUAGAUCUUUUGAGACUGACUUCCCUCUGGUCUAAUGUAAUGCAAGAUGUAAUUUCCAGUAGCACAAGCUGGAGGCAAAGUCCUACCAUUCAGAUUUGCUUGCCACUUGAACCAAUUUUGCUUAGGUGCAGGUGGCUGGCACGGACGCGCAUGUGCAUGCACCCACAUGCACACCUGCACAAGCCCUGUGCAUUGUGAGCUGGGCUGCGGGGUUGGUCUGGCUGGGAAAUAACCCUCUGCCUUUUCACAAAUGGGCAGUUUUCCAGCCAGAUCAGUCCCACCAUCUGGUUCGGCGCGUGGUGGCACAGAUGAGUGCCAGCACAAGAGAGGGGGAGGUGCGAGAGUUGACAUGGAUGGUAGCUGAAGGACCUGCAGCCAAAGGCACCUUGCACCGUGUUAGGGGUUUAUGGUGGAGGUGCAGACACAAUUUGAACUGGCCAAAGGGCUGUGAAGGAUUGACUCCACAAGGCUCAAUGGAGAACUGGACUCUGGGUGGCAGUGGGAAGGGUGGGAAUUCAUGAAAUGAGGAAAGACUGUAAGAUCCAGUGCUUGUAAUAGCAUACAAGAGGUUGUAAUAUGUGCUGCACUUUGCUGCCUUUCCCUGCAUAUUGAUUGAAUUGUUCAUGAGCGGUUGAGCAUUAAUAUGGUUACAAGCAAACAUACAGCUGUAAAUGAUGUAGAUACAUUUUCUGUAUUCACUAACUCACUUUUUUUUUGGAAUGCUGUAUACCAUUUGGGUGAUCUCCGUACCAGACUGCAAGUGCUGAACACCUGAGGAGCCCUUCUGCAGCUCCCACUCCUGCAAAAUUCCCACUGAAGCCAGCAAGAUGUUGUUGAAAUGGGACCUGCAGGACCGGGCACUCCAGGGAAUGCAUGAGGCUUGAUCUUGCAGAGAGCUGAGCACUCUUGUCCCCUCUCACUUUGCUGCGAGCCGAAUGUGUUGAGCCCUGCUGCUGAACUGAAGCAUGACCAAGCAGUGCGAGAAUAAACUGGAAUUUUAUACAUAGAAAAUUUAAUUUACUUGUGUAUUAAAUGUGAAUGAGUAUUAAUAUAGAAUGUAUUUUAUCAGAAAAUAUUGAUUGCUUACUUUAACCAAAUACAUUUCUGUAUUACUGUGUUACUUGUUCCAUACUUAAAAAAUGAUGCAAGGGAUGUGGAACUAGUUUAGUUGUACUACAAAGUAUUUUUAUAUUUUAUUUGUAUUUUAUUUUUCCCUCACUCCAACCACGUACUGAGGUUAGUAGCCAUUCAGUAGUUAACUGAGGGUAGAGUGACCCAGUGUCUAGGCUACCAGCCUGUGGCACAAGAUUUGCAAACGUAAGCAUAAAUGCUAGAAAGCCUGGGGACUCAGUGAGAAAAUGCAGGUUCAGAGCUCUGCCGUUGCCUUGCCCUGAGCUUUGGGUGGAUCUCGGCAGCUGGGAAUUCAAGGCAGAUCUUCAGUUAUGCAACCCACCCUCCAUGGAAUUCAGUGGGAGUCGGGUAGCUCCUUUGAAAGUCCCACCUUAAGCCUUUUAUAUAAGGGGCUGUCAGUAUUGUUUGCCCACCGAUGUAUAAAGUGCUUUUAGAUCUGUGGGUAAAAAGAGGUGAGUGUUAUCAUUCCCUGUCCCCAUAGUGAACAAUGAGUGAAAGUAUAUAGAAGAGUCUCCUUUCUCCUCCCUCACCUUUCUCACAUAGGAGUUUCAUGCUCUAGCUGAAUAAAAAGAUAACCAAGCAGAGCCUCUUGCGGAACUUGAAUAUGAGUUGUAUGAAUGCUGCGAGCAGAGUGCUGCUUGGGGGAUGAAAAAUACGUGGGAGAAGGCCAGAUUUCAGAAGUGUAACAACUGGUUUGGGUAGCAAGGGCAAGAAUGAGACCCCUUUCAGAGAGAUGCUGGGAUUUCUGAGGCAGCCCAAACCAUCCUCCCAAGUGUUGGAUUUUUGAACCUGUGCAGUUUAUAAAAAGCUGCUCUGGACAUUACUGGGGCCUCGAGUCCUGCUUGAUUAAUGUAUUGAGAUGAUGAGGCAGGAAGGGAUGGAGGAAAGGCAAAUUAGAAAGCCUUCUCUCUUCCCCAACAUUAUUAUUUAUGAUAUUGUGUGAGUAGGUACGAGCAGCAGUCAGGGAGCAGGAAGCUGCUGUAAUAGGUGCACAGUAACAUCUCUUAAAAGGACUUGCUCAUGAGAGGAAAAAUUGGCAGACUUUCUUUGUAAAAACAAGAAUAGCACACCCCAAGCAUGAUGACCUGAACCCUCAUGAACUUCUCCACCUCCUGCUCUGCUCUGCACUGUUUUCCAGGCAGUUUCCCUCUGUACACAGUGCUGUGAUUUUGAAAGUCACAUGCUUGUAAGAAAGUCACUUUUGAUGGGAAUAGCCAGAGUUGGUUUUCCUGCAUCAGUUACCUGCCCGCUAGCUGCUGCAUCUUGGUGCUGUGCCCCAUGCAAGGCGUGCUGUGUGAGGUGCUGGCUGGGGACGGUGGAGAGGAAUUUCUGCUACAGUUUGCCUAGCAGAUAAAUACCCCUUCCCCCUCUGCAAGGUGGGACAUGAGACUGUGACAGAAAUGAUUGCAAUAACAUUGUGGACAUAGCUUUGGAAAGCUUCCAUGUGAGACAGAUUCCCAGCCUCUUUCAACAUUUCUUGAUGUUUCACUGGGAUCUAGAGCUGAAGUCCACAGCUAUUUUACUCAGAGUCAAUAAAGGCAGCGCUUUCUCAGAGGGUGAGGAGAUGGCAUGGGAGAUGUGUUAUUCUUUGAGGACUCAGGAGUGGUCCAUGCCAGACAGAGGCUGUGCAGGAGAGAGCAGUUGUUUUAGGUGCCAAACUCAAGAUCUUUUCACAGGGAGCAGUGCCUAGCCAAAUAAACCAGUCUCUAAAAAUCAUGACGCAUUGAAGCUUGUCAGGCUGGGCAUCCAGAAGAAGAGGCAUCUCUGGCUGCCAGUUGCUGGAGAGCCUGGCCCAGCCUGCAGGGCUCUCAGUGCUGGCUGGUUUCGGUCUGGCCACAGAAAGAUUGAGAAGGAUCCUUUCAAGGGCUCUAGCUGGAUGCCUCGUUCUGCAAAAUGCUGAGCAAAAAGAAAAUCUUUGUUUUAUCUGUUUAAUUCUGGCAGGACCUCCCAUCCUCCCUAGCAGCCAGCUGCAGCUGGGAAGCCUUUGCAUGACAGCCAGGCAGGAGUGACUCAGGGCAAUGGCUCCUACACCCUGUAGCAGACUGGGCUUGAGGCCGUGCCUGCAGAGUCAUUACAAAGGUGAAGGUACAGGCAUGUCACUUCCAAGGCAGAUGUGAAAAUAAGUGUUUCCUUAAAUAUGGGCCUUAGCUCUGACAGGAAAAACACUGAGGGCCGACCCUGUCACCUCAGUAGGUUUUUUUGGACUUCUGAGACUUGCCUAGUUGCAUUGUUGGUGUCUGAUGUCUGUGGCAGGUAUAUGAAGGAAACCAAACAUACAUCACUUACAUGGUGUAUCUUUGACUUUUUUCUCAUUGCUGACUUUUCCUUUGAAGACAGCCCCUAAAGACACGUCUGCAUUAUUGCAAACCCCAGGUUCUACAGUGCUGCAUAGCGCUGCACUGUUAGUAUGAGCUUGGUCAUAAACAAAUACAGAGAUUAACCAAAAGGGUUUUCAUUUAUCUGCAGAAGAAAACUUCAUUGAACUAGUUACUGCUGAUAACAGUUCAGCUCACUGAUUUCACGUAAAAUACAUGGAACUCUGAAACUCCCUUUCCAUACCGACAUGCUGUUGCUCAUGUAGGCAAAGAUCUGUGGUAACACUGCAUGUGAACGAUACCUGCUUUCAUCUUCAGGGCUGGUGGUGGAAAUAUCAGCUCUGGAUUUCAGUCAAUACAAUUUUUUGUCAUCAAGCUUUCCUUUCCUAAUGCAGGGACCAAUCAGACCUCAACACAUCAAGCAGAAACUGUGUUGUGCCACACCAUGCGAAGGCUGUCUUUGAUGUGCUUUCCACCAUUUUUCUGGCUGGAAGAUCCCUCUGUCUUUGGGACUAUAAAGCUGUGAAAUGGGUUGCCAAAGGGUGUUGCCCUUUUGUUCAGUGUUUUAAAGGUGUAAGCCUUCAGUGGAACCCUGUCUUUCUUCCGAUCCUCCUUCUUCUCCCACCACCGAGACAUCAAAUCCAGCAGUGUUGUUACACCACAAGCUUGCCAUUAAAGAGCUUACCAA